CAUUGCUGACGCUUUCCUAGUUCCUCAGAAUUUUUUUUUUUAAACAUAAACCCUCCUAAAUGUGGACAUCAAACAGAUGAAAGGUGAACAUGUGAAUAGGUGGGCGCAGACGUUAGCUUCAGAUCAAAAGCAGGAAGAUCAGUCACAGUCUGGCACAGAAGCUGCACUGUGGUUGAGCUUUAUGUGUUUUCCUUUUUACUCAAUUUUGUAACAUAAAGCCACCGAUCAGAAGGCAACUUCUUCAAAACAACGGCUGCAGCACGCUGACAAACUUCAGAUUAAAAAUAUGACUACAACUGCAGAAUAUGAUUACAGUCCAUCUCCCUGGGAAGAUGAACCUUGCAACCUCGACCCUAACCCUGAGGAUGUCAUCGUCCAGAUUUACAUCCACUCCAUCAUCUGCGUCUUCGGCCUGAUUGGCAAUGCUCUUGUAAUUGUCACCUACUUGUUUUACAAGAGAACCAAGUCCAUGACAGACGUCUAUCUGUUCAACGUGGCGUUUGCAGACAUACUCUUUGUGGUUGCCCUGAUGUUGAUCAUCUACAAUGAGCAGCACGGUUGGCUGAUGGGGUGGGUGGCAUGCAAGAUAUUAGGUUCAGCCUACAGCAUCAACCUCUACAGCGGUAUGCUCCUGCUAGCGUGCAUUAGUGGAGACCGUUACAUAGCUAUAGUUCAGGCUCGGCGCACCUUUGGUGCUCGCUCUCGUGGCCUGAUGUACAGCCGCCUCAUCUGCUCAGCUGUUUGGGUGUUUUCUGUGGCUUUAACACUUCCCACGCUCUUAUACACUGAGCACUUUGAAGAACAUAAUCUGGGUUCCGACACUGUGGCUGUGAUGUGCCAAUUGCGUUUCAGACAGAGUGAGACGGCAACGCUGAUGAAGGUGCUGGUUCCCAGCCUUCAAAUGGCCAUCGGUUUCCUGCUGCCUCUUCUGGUGAUGGUGUUCUGCUACUCCAGCAUCAUGUGCACCCUGCUGAGGGCCCACAGCAGCCAGCGGCACAAGGCGGUCCGUGUGGUUUUGGCGGUUAUCGUGGUCUUUGUUAUUUUCCACCUGCCAUACAAUGUGACUCUGCUAAUCCACACUACGUCUCUGUUCAAAGAGAGGUCCUGCAUGUCUGAGAGGAUCAGGCGACAGGUCCUGGCCAUAUCUAAGACUGUUGCCUACCUGCACUGCUGUCUCAACCCCAUCCUCUAUGCCUUUGUUGGGGUCAAGUUCAGGAGUCACUUCCGCCAAAUAAUGGUGGACCUGUGGUGUAUCAGCAAAAAGUAUAUCUACUCUGCUCGCUCAUCACGCGGGACCUCUGAAGUUUGUGUCUCAGCCCUCAGGACAACUGAUGGUUCAAACAACAUGUCUUCAUUUACUGCAUGAAGCUUUGAUUCACCUUCUUAAAGGGCCAAUGAGAAAUUGUAAUGAUACACCAGCUUAUGCAGAUGUUGUAGAAAAGUCAAGAAGGAAAACCCUUUGUAAAAUUUGCUUCACUCCUAGAACACUAACGCCAGGAGAUUUCCACUCACGCCGCCAGUGGUUACAUAAUGUACAUACCAAGGCCUAGUGUUCUAGGGUUAGAAUGUAUGAGGUCUGUGAGAAAAGUAUCCGACCUUUUUAUUUUAUGUAAAAAAUAUAUGGAUUUGAUUCAUAUGUUUUUA